GCUACCGUGCGGCGCACACGGCUUUCGUUUUACAUAUUUAUUAUUCACGAAAACCUCUACUAUUAUUGUUCAUCAAGCCGGCACUUCUAAAACAGAGAAAGGAUAUAGCAGCUGUUUAUAGACAUACUGUGAUGAAGUGAAGGACUAAGAAAGACGCGCGUGUGGUGAUCAGAACAGAAGGAUGGCCUCUAGAAAAGUCAGCCAGUUAUGCUUGGACCUGGUCCUCGUCUUUCUCGUCAGAUUGGUUGUACCCUUAAGUGGAGCAGACGUCGACUUUCAUCUCCUGGAACAGAAACCCGCUGGUUCGUACGUCGGAAACAUCUCGGAAUCUAGCGGCAUAAUCAAGGGAAUCAGCAAAAAGGACCUCCCUUUCAUCCGAUACAGCUUCCUGAACCCCAAUACUCUGCUGACGGCGUCCAUGUUCAGUAUCAAUCGAAGGAGCGGCGCCGUCUUCUCGACAGCCAUGAUCGACAGAGAAGAGGUGUGCAACAUGUCGCUGACGUGUGAUAUAGUUUUUGACGUCACCGUGCAGCUCAACAUCACGCUACUCAGGAUUCUCACGGUCAAGGUGACGAUUGAUGACGUCAACGACAACGCCCCUGUGUUUAGGCCGAGCGAGAUCACCACAUCAAUAGUAGAGUCGGAUACGAUUGGAAGGAAAAUCCCAGUCCACGGCGCCACCGACAGUGACACGGGCGUCAAUAACUCGGUGAAGACGUAUGCAAUCAUAUCAUACCAGGAUUUAUUCGACAUAGAAUACGAGAAAAAGCUGGACGGCAGAACCGAUUUGAAGAUUUUUACCUUAGGACCUUUGGACAGGGAAAUAAAAAACAAAUACACUUUAAAAAUAAUAGCAACUGACGGUGGAAGUGAGCAGAAGACUGGAACACUUACAGUUCACAUAGACGUAACAGACUUUAAUGACCAUUCCCCCGAGUUCAAUCAAAAGGAAUACAACUUAUUCGUGGACGAAACCAGACCGAUUGGCUCUGCUGUGGGACAGAUAGAAGCAUUCGAUAAGGAUAUCGGACAAAACGCAGACGUCACCUACAGUUUCAGUUCCAUCAGACCGUCGCAACUCGAGGAUCUGUUUGAUUUGGAUUUCACUACUGGUGUCCUAACCGUGAAAGCCCCUUUGGCAUACCAUUCUGGGAAAACCUACAAGACGGUGAUAGAGGCUAGAGAUGACGGUGAGCCAUCACUGGCUUCACAGGCAAUUCUGUAUGCAACCAUUCUGGACGUUGGCAACACGCCACCAAAGCUAGAACUGGUUUUAAAGUCUCCUGUGUACACAGACACUAUCCUCUUGUCGGAGGAAUCGCGUGAAGGAACAUUCGUGGGUCACGUAAAAGUCGAAGACUUUGACACGGGCUUAAACGGAGACGUUUCAUGUGAGUCUAAUGACGACAGGUUCAAGGUCGAAGAGCUAGAGGGAAAAGGCUACGCCAUUUUGAUCAACCAGGCUCUGGACCGCGAGUUACAUGAUCAGCACAACGUGACCAUCACGUGCUCGGAUUCCGGAAGUCCAAGUAUGAGUGCUUUUGUGAAUUUCCUCGCAAUCAUAACGGACGUAAAUGACAGUCCUCCAGUUUUUUCCAAACCAGUUUAUUAUGCCAAUCUGAGCGAAAACAGUUAUCUAAAGAAAUUCGUAACGCAGGUGUCUGCGUCUGACAAGGACUUGGGCGUGAACGGAGACGUUGUGUACAAACUGAAUCUGGAUGCUGGUUCCAUGUUCUCCAUCGACGAAAACUCCGGCGUUGUAACCGCUAAUGACGUCUUCGACAGAGAAAUCAUGUCCGAGAUUUCGUUCAUCGUCAAGGCAGUUGAUCAGGGUAACGAGGCUCUGACGGGUACAGCUACCGUUACCGUCAACAUCCUUGACGUGAACGACAACAGCCCGACGUUCCCUUCCACUCCUGUUAUGCUAUACAUCCCGGAAAUGUUACCCGCAGGGCGAAGAGUCGGCAAGAUAGAAGCAAGGGAUCUCGAUGUUGGGUUGAAUGGCGAACUGGAAUACAAACUUCUGACAAAAGAUCCAGACCUUCCGUUCAAUGUCUUCACAGACGGAGUCAUCAGAACGAACAGGCUGGUGAUCCGCGAGAAACAGGCGGUUUACAACUUAAGCAUAUUCGUGUUGGACAAAGGUAAACCGUCUCUGAACGCCACGGGGACUGUCCAGAUAACCGUGCAGGACAUCAACAACCAUCGACCUCGCAUCAUCUUCCCGGACAAGGACAAGGACACCAUCACGAUCUUCUCAGACAUUGUUCCUGGAUCUAACAUCACCAAGGUGAUUGCCACUGAUCGUGACGAGGGUAUGAACGCUCAGCUCUCUUACUUUCUGCUUUCUGGUAAUACUGACAAUCUCUUCAAGAUGAUCCAAGAUUCUGGCGAGAUACUUCUCAACAGGCGGAUAACAGUAAGUGAUGAGUCGAAGUAUGAUCUCAGAAUCGUUGUGAAGGACGGCGGAAACCCUUCGAGACAAUCCAAAGGAAGACUUUCCAUUAACAUAAUUUUCACGAACUCCACUCUCCUUGCGGCCAACAUGGAGGCCGAGUCUCAGAGAUACAUGAUAAUAGCUGGUGUGGUGGCGGGAAUCACGGUAGUCAUUUCUGUUGUCAUCCUGUCCACCAUCUUGUUCAUUCGAAGGACGGACCCCAGCAGACGUCAGCAUCAGGAGAAAACUGAAGUGGAUUCAGGCACCAAACCAGGUCCCGAGAAUAAGAUCUGGCAGGAAGUCGACUGUAACGACUCCAAUGUUGGGUUUUCUGAAGACGUGGACGGCUUCUCUCCCAAGUCCAGUCCUAAAGACAAGCGAGGACUGAAUCUAGAUAUGGAUGACCACAUGACUGACAUACUUAACCAGGCAACACUCGAUCAUUAUGGCAGACAAGAUUUCUACACAUUUAGAAAUGCCCAUACUUUGAAUGAAGACGUCAGAAGUGAUAUGUCAGGGGAGACCACUACGAGUGACAGCGGUAGAGGCGGAAGUGAAGAUGAUAUUCAUUUUACCCAGUGCUCGGAAAUUCCAGAAUUUCGAGUCAGCCCUCAUGUGUAUUCAGUGGGGGUUGAUGGUGCUUACAGAGAAUCACCCCCUAGAAUACCGCCGCGGGAGAGACGUGCUAUGAGUGUGAAGACAUUCAAAACAUUCGCCGACUCCACCCGUCAGUUCACACCCGCACCAAGCAGUCAGUCGUUCAGGGAGACCCUAAACAACGGAUACAAAGACCAUAAUAUAAUCAAUCAGUCACUCAGGGACCUCCCAAACAACGGAUAUAAAGACAGUAACAUAGCUAGUCAGUCGCUCAGGGAGACCCUAAACAACGGUUUUCAGACAAUAACACGAGAGUGAGACCAAAACAGAAUCUCAGGGUGAGGUUUUACGGAGACGGAAUUGACAAUUCCCAGAAUUCUCAGUCCGAAAAACAUGUGACAUUCCCCAGACAAAAUCUGGCCGUUUCUAUUCGUGAAUUUCCGUCGACAGACGACGGAGAUUACACAACUCUACGUAACCCACUUAACAGUACUGCACUUGCGUAUUUAGGUUCGUACGGAAGUCAUCCGCACAGCGUCGACAGUGAUGGCGGGACGACUACUUCCGGUAGUUAUACUUUAGAUUCAGAGGAUCUUGACGAUGUUUUCAGUGAGGCGUGAGAUUUGGGAUAUAUAUAUAUAUAUAUAUAUAUAUAGAUAUAUAUAUAUAUAUCUAUAUAUAUAUAUAUAUAUAUA